CUUAUUUCAGUGUUUUUGAUUUGAAUGCAAACGGCCCAAGCUCGCCCAGUCGCUGUCCAGUUGUUGUCCAGUAAAGUCCAGCGCAGCAGUCGCAGCCGCAGCAUCAGCAGCCGUUUCCCCAAUAGUGAUGUAGAAACCAAAAAACCCUAUAAAACGAUGUGCGUGCGUGUGUAAAAUAAAAGAAACUCUGAAAAUCGACAAAUCUAAAAAAAAAGAAACGAACAAGGAUAGUGCGCUGAAAGUGAUAAAUCUUAUGCCAAAGCCGAGAAAAUCUCUGUAAAUUAGCCAAGUGGAUAUAUAUAAAAUACGUUCCCUUGUUUUAAUCGCAAGAUAAACCGAAUUCUAGUGCCUGAAAGCAGCGAAUACAAAAAGAAAUUACAAAAAAUGGAUUACCUCACAAUGUUCUACGACGGCUGGCGGGAUCUGAUGGACAACAAAUCGGAUCCGCGAACACGAGACUACCCGCUCAUGAGCUCCCCGUUCCCCACGAUAGCCAUCAGUCUGACAUACGCUUAUAUCGUGAAGGUACUCGGACCCAAGCUCAUGGAGAACCGAAAGCCUUUCGAGCUACGCAAAGUCUUGAUCGUCUACAAUGCAGCGCAGGUUAUCUUCAGUGCCUGGCUCUUUUACGAGUCCUGCAUAGGUGGAUGGCUGAACGGCUAUAACUUGCGAUGCGAACCCGUUAAUUAUUCCUACUCACCCAAAGCGAUUCGUACCGCUGAGGGAUGCUGGUGGUACUACUUCUCCAAGUUCACCGAGUUCUUCGACACCUUCUUCUUCGUGAUGCGCAAGCGGUAUGAUCAGGUGUCCACCCUGCACGUGAUCCACCAUGGAAUCAUGCCCGUGUCCGUCUGGUGGGGCGUCAAAUUCACCCCCGGCGGUCACUCGACCUUCUUCGGCUUCCUGAACACCUUCGUGCACAUCUUCAUGUACGCCUACUACAUGCUGGCCGCGAUGGGUCCCAAGGUCCAGAAGUACCUGUGGUGGAAGAAGUACUUGACCGUGAUGCAGAUGAUCCAGUUCGUCCUGGUUAUGGUGCACUCCUUCCAGUUGUUCUUCAAGAACGACUGCAACUACCCGAUCGGCUUUGCCUACUUCAUCGGAGCCCAUGCUGUGAUGUUCUACUUCCUCUUCUCAAACUUCUACAAGCGUGCCUAUGUGAAGCGCGAUGGCAAGGACAAGCCAGCUGUGAAGGCCAAUGGACAUGCCAACGGACACGUCAAGGCGCUGAAGGACGGCGAUGUGGCGCCCACCAGCAACGGCCAGGCCAACGGCUUCCACAACACCUUCUCGAAGUUCACCACGGACAUGUGCAAUCCGGCCCUGAACUCCUCGACAGCGAGACAGCGCGUGCUCGUGAACGCCGGCAACAAGUGAGCCCAGCCAGCCAACCAGCCAGCCAGCCAAACAUGAAACACACAUAAGCAUAAAUUAAUUACGCUACCAAUUAAAUUACCGUACAUUUAAAUUAAACGUAAGCAUAGGGAGUCCAAGCCUACAUCUAAGCCAAAUCGAAUUCGCAUCAAUAUCAAUUAAAGACAAGGAAACAAAAACAUUAUUUCAUGGACAAUCCGUGGUAAUCGCACGUAGGGAUCACACAUCGCUGGCAAACUGCUCAGUCUGCCGAUCGUUUCUCAAAACUAAAUUUAUAUCUAUAUCCAUAUAUCUAUAGCCCAAAAUACUUUCCGCAUCCCGUCAUCCAUGUGCAUGUACAUAGAUCGUUCAUAGCUGAUGAGAAUUUUAGUGGUACUCGUGGCGAGUACGGCGUUCAUCUUAUUUUAAUACCCUAAACUCCAUCCUUGUUGGGGAUGAGGCAAUGGUCACUUAAGAUUCCAUUGUGCGUCCUUCACGGUUAUCCGCUUUACAUAUCUAUCGCUCUAUAAUUUGUAUUUCUGGUUAUGCAAGCGACGCUUUUUAAUACGUGUAUAUUAUUUCUAUGGAUUGUUUUGAACAUAAGAAAUGUGUUUUUAUUUUAUAAAUAAAUUCGAGAUUAAAACCUA